AUGAUCUCUGCUACAAUUCCCAAGAAUUUUAUAACGUUUUUAAAGAAGAAGUGGGGUUAUGACUGUGGAAGAUAUAUCAAUCUAAUCACAAGUGAUCCAUUAGCCAAGAUAUUCAAUACCAGUACAUCAUUCAAAGAGAGAGACAGAAUUAUGGAUUAUGUUGUAGUUCUGAUGAAGAACUUCCUCCAACGAGAUGUAAAUGAUAUAGCAUUGGUAUACUUUGAAAACAAGAUUAUCCAAGAGAACUACUAUAGAAGAUUGUGUAGUGAAUUUGGAGACAAGUUGAUGGUGAUGAUCAAUGCAGACACUGACAAUAAACAGGCUAGCUUGCUUCGAUUGACUAGAGGUGCACGGGUGCUCUUGGUGACCAAGCUGGUUACUUGUUGCAUUGAUUUACCACAAGUCAACCAUAUACUUUUUAUAAAUUGCUUGGUACCAGUGAUUGACUUUCUUCAGGUAACAGGUAGAGGACGAGGAUCGUGUAUAUUAAAUAUCUUGUAUCAAGAUUCUGAAGCUAUUCAUGAUUCAAGUGACUAUCGCCCAUGUGAAGAAAGAAUCAGAGUCAGCAAGUGUUUAACCAAACAAGUUGCCCACUUCUAUGGUAUCAAGGUGAGCAAGUGUCAAAAUUGUUGUGAUUCCAAUGAUAGCAUUCUUGAGCCACAUAUAGUUGAUUUGGUCAAGAACGUCCAUUAUGCUACAGAAACCCAAUUUAAGGAACUUCAAUUUGGAACUGAGCAAGCUCCAGCACGGAAGAAGUUUCGAUCAUGCACCGCAGAAGAAAAACUUGACCACUUUGCGUUGCAAUUUGAACCGGAGGAAUGGUUGGAGGAGCUAAUUGACAAUGGAGCCAAGUAUUUGAAGUACCCGUUGACACAUAUGGAUGCACUGCCAGAGUCAGAGUACAUCUGCACAAAGUGUUACAGAAAGCAUGGUAAAGAGUGCAAUAGAGGUGGGUUCAAGGCAUUACUAGUGUUGAAAUGGAUACUCGAUGACAUAACUUAUGAUGAUAUCAAGGACAUGAAAGUGAAUGGUUGGGGUGAUGAGAUAUAUAAGUGGGCACAGAAUCAUAAUUUAAAGCAUCUCUACCGCACAUACUUGGACAAAGUGGAACAAUUUAGGAACUGUUUGCAGGUACCAUCUGCAUAUCUAGUUGAAGGUUAUGGUACCCGACUUGACCACUUACGAAAGUUCUUACGUCAUCCGUUCUUUUUGAAUGAAUAUUUGUUAGAAGACCCCAUUCCAACGGAAGAUGCAGGAAUAUACGAGAAGGCUCAGAGAUACGGUGAAGAGUACAUGCAUGCAGAUACAAGGAAAUUGAUUCAAAUGUCGCAGUUUCAUAAUAAUUAUUGUCGGCAAUGCGGAAAUUCAAAACAUAGUGGCGAGUGCCGGUAUUCCCAAGCCAUAGAGUUGUUCUAUAUAAUCUUUUGCAUUCCAGCUUUCAGGGAUCUUCGAAGAUCAAGGCAACUUGGUUUGACGAUUAAUUACUUCCCCCACUGGCUUGAUGCAAUAAGCAAGAACGGACAUCAUAUUUGUAUACUAAAUGACAUUUUGGGCCGAGAUCGAGUAUGGGACUAA